CCGCCGGCCCCGCUCCAGGCCCCGCUCCAGGCCCGCCCCGGCCCCCGCUAGCUGACGGGGCUCGCUCGGGCUACGAGCCUCUGUUCCUGUUUCUCUUCCCUCCACCGGGCGGCGGAGGGCGGCCUCGCCGGGCCCCCGAACUCGCCCGCCCUUCCCUGCGGGGCGCCGGCCGGCCCGGCCCUCCGAAGCCGCGGGGCCGCAGCCGUCGAGUUCCCGCCGGGCGGGGCGCCGGUGGCCGGUCGGCGGGUGAGGUGAUUUCCUGGGAGGCGCAGAAAUCAUUUUUGAAGGGCUUUGUACCUUUGUGGAAGGAUGGCAGAAGCAGUGUUGAUUGAUUUCUUUGGUUUGCAGUUUAACUCUCAGAAAAAUAGUCAUCAAGCCUUGCUGAAGACACUGGACACUGUCCGAUUCCACCAUGCUGCCAAGGCUAAGUUUCUUUGCAUAAUGUGUUACAAUAACAUCAGCUGUGAAAGGGAUGGUGCACAUAAUAACUGUGAAUUAGAAGGAAGCAAUGGAUUAUCAACUCUCUUGAGAGAAUUUGAGACUGUUAGCAAUCCUAGUAUGGCUGCCUCUUUGUAUACUAUUAAGCAAAAAAUUGAUGAAAAAAAUUUGAGCAGCAUUAAGGUAAUUGUAUCCAUGCACCGGAAGACGUUACUGAAGGCUUUUAUUGAUCAACUCUUCACCAGUGUUUACAAUUUUGAGUUUGAAGACUUACAGGUGACUUCGAGGGGAGGUCUUUUGAAACAAUCCACUGAAGUAAGCAUGAUCACAGCUCAAGAAGUAGAAGCAAUCCAGAAUGAAAUACAAACGUAUUUGAGAAGUCUGCCAGCACUGAAAGGAGAGUUGACCAUUAUCACAUCUCCGUUGAUCUCAGCAGAUAUUUUUUUACAUGGAUUUACUACAAGAACAGGUGGAAUAUCUUACAUCCCAACUCUUAGUUCAUUCAAUCUCUUCAGUAGUUCCAAACGGAGAGAUCCCAAGGUGGUGGUUCAAGAAAAUCUGCGUAGGUUGGGGAAUGCUGCUGGAUUUAACGUGGAGAAAUUUUACCGAAUAAAGACUGAUCAUGCCAAUGACGUCUGGAUUAUGGGAAGGAAGGAACCCGAAUCUUACGAUGGAAUCACCACAAAUCAGAGAGGAGUCACAAUAGCAGCUCUUGGUGCUGACUGUAUGCCAAUUGUUUUUGCUGAUCCUGUCAAAAAAGCAUGUGGGGUUGCCCAUUCUGGUUGGAAGGGUACUUUGUUAGGUGUUGCUAUGGCUACAGUUAAUGCUAUGGUCACAGAAUAUGGCUGUAGUCUGGAAGACAUCAUUGUUGUACUGGGACCUUCAGUAGGACCUUGCUGUUUUACUUUGCCAAGGGAAUCAGCAAAGGAAUUUCAUAAUCUUGAUCCUGAAUGUGUACGGUUAUUUGAUUCACCAGAUCCCUAUGUUGACAUUCGUAAAGCCACCAGGAUUCUUCUAGAACGAGGAGGAAUUCUACCACAGAAUAUUCAGGACCUGAACCGAGAUCUUAACCUCUGUACAUCUUGCCAUCCUGACAAGUUUUUCUCCCAUGUCCGAGAUGGCCUUAAUUUUGGUACACAGAUUGGCUUCAUAUCAAUUAGAGAAUGAGAUACUUGACUGGAUUUUUAUACAGCUGUUUCCUGCCUCCUUCUAAACUGACAAGAAAGAAAUUAGCUAUAUGAUUUACUUAAAACUGAAAGGAUUGCAAUGGAUAAUUCAUCUUUAGGUAUAUUUUUACUAUUAUCCAAAGCCAAAUGACUUUUAUUUGAUUCUAGCAAAACCUAGAUGAGGAUUAUUCUUAAAGUUUGUUCUGUUUACUACAUAAAUCAGGAAUAGGUCUGUUCAGUACCUACUGGUUACCCCCUAUGUGUCAGGCACUGUGUGAAGCAUAAGUGAAUCAAAAUGCAUAAGACCUUUUCCCCUUGAGUCUAAUGCAGUGGAGGAGAUAAAUACUUAUAAUGCUUUAAUUUUGAUAGAAGUGGAAGAGUACAGAAGAAUGAAGGGUUAAUUGUAUUUGGAAGGCAGGGUAGGGAAAGUGCUGUAGAGAAAGUGAUAGAUCACUGAGCCCAAAAGAUACACAGGCUUUUGACAAAUGAAGAACAACUGUAACAGGUAGAGGGAACAACACCAUGAACUAGAGCAUGAAAUUUAUUUUUUUUUAAUUUUUUAUUUAUGAUAGAGAGAGAGAGAGAGGCAGAGACACAGGUAGAGGGAGAAGCAGGCUCCAUGCACCGGGAGCCCGACGUGGGAUUCGAUCCCGGGUCUCCAGGAUUGCGCCCUGGGCCAAAGGCAGGCGCCAAACCGCUGCGACACCCAGGGAUCCCAAGCAUGAAAUUUAAAGUGUGUAACAUGUUCUAGAGAGAGAAGGGUGUAGGCAGAAGUUACUAGAAAAACAGGUUGGAAAGAGAUUAGUUAGUCUCAAAUGCCAUGUCAAAGAGUUUAGAGUUGAUUUUCCAGGCAAAGGGUAGGCAUAAAUAGUAGGGGAGUGUUUUUAUUUCCUUAGCGUCAUAUGUAACAGGAUGGAUUUGAAUUGAGAGACCAAAGCAGAGACUUCGUUAAGAGGCAAAAUAUUUUAAAAAAGAAAAAACGAGGCCUAAAUGAAGAAAGUGAAAAUUAAGAUGGAAGAGAAUGGAUGGAGAGAUAUUUCAGACUUGUAAUCAGUUAGAUCCUCUUCAUGAAGAUGACAGUUGAAGAAGAGUGGAGAAGUCAAUGAUGACCCGAAGAUUUCUGCUUGCUUGGCUACUAAGAACACCAAAAAGGGGAAGAAAGAUGUUUGGGAAAAGGGAGAAGGAUAAUGAGUUUGACAUGCAGACUAAAGUAUAUAUCAAGAAGGAAGUAUUUGGUCAAUGACUAGAAAUACAGACCUGGCAUCUUGGUGGGAACUGGGAGAAAGAGAUUUAGAAGUUGGCUAUACGGAGAUGAGCCCUGAUUCCAUUGUAACAAGCUGAAUCAUCUAGACAAACCUACAGGGUGAGAAAGAGGUUCAAGGGUGAAACCUUGUAUGAUACCUACGUUUGAAAAAUGAGCUGAAUCAGUAAACACACACACAUACAUACAACAGGGUGAAUCAUUAGAAAUAAGGGAAAAAACAGAAUAUACUUAAUUUGAAGAAAUGAGCCAAUAUGGAUGUGAGAGGUACUCAGAAUUUCCAGAGAUACAAGGUACAAGAAAUUUUCUGAGAUAAAAUAAAAUGAAUACUGAGAAGAAACCAGUGAAUUAACCAUAUCAAAACUGUUCUAUAGGCAAUGGUGGCAGACUCUGAUUUCAGUGCAUUGAGGAGGAGGAGGAUGCAUAGGUGUCCAUUCAUCUUUGAUAAUACUUACUAGAGAAAAUAAAGCACUGGGGGCUCUAUCUUAAAGGAGGGUUUUGUUUUGUUUUUGAUCGGUACUUCUAAGUAUAUUUGUAGGCUGAAGAGAGGAGUCAAGUUAUUUUCACUUGGGAGAAAAUGGUAUAUGUGAUGUGUAUUUUUAAUGUGAGUAAUUACAUUGCAUCUUAAAACAUCUUAUACAUCUGUUUCUUACAUGAACAUGUAGUAGAAUAGUGGAAAAUUACAUUUGAUGGUUAUUUACAAAGGACUUUUUUUUAUAUGCAUUACCUCAUUUUACCUUUAUAGCCACUCUGAAAUACAUAGGGCAUGAAAUACAUAGGUCAGUCAAAAGAGUUGUUACUCUUUUUAUUCAGAUGAGAAAACAGUCUGAUUGAGGUGGAGCUUAAAAUCAUACAAUUUGUGGUAAGGUAAGAUUUGAACCCGUAUCUUGUGACCUAAAAUCUCAUUUCAGAUUUUGUAGUUAAUUAAAGGUAUCUAAGUUAAAUUUUAUUUUCAACUUUCUGUUAGUAUAAUCCACUCAUACCUUCAGCCAAAAUAUUGUUGAAAUACUAAGAUAGGUUAAAAAAAAUACAGUCUGUAGCCUUUCAGAUGUUUAAUAUCUAGUGAAAGGUGGCAAACAGCAAUUUCAAUACUGUGAUUUGUGUUCUAAGGUUGCCACAACCUGAUACUUUGUUUAGUUGAAUUCUUUUAUGCAACUUGUAGCUCAGUAUAAAAUUUAAAUAAAAUACCUAAUUUCUUCCAGUUGAGGGAAGACAUUAAACACAAAGCAUAGGGAUCCCUGGGUGGCACAGCAGUUUAGCGUCUGCCUUUGGCCCAGGGCGCGAUCCUGGAGACCCAGGAUCGAAUCCCACAUCGGGCUCCUGGUGCAUGGAGCCUGCUUCUCCCUCAGCCUGUGUCUCUGCCCCUCUCUCUCUCUCUCUCUCUGUGUGACUAUCAUAAAUAAAUAAAAAUUUAAAAAAAAUAAAAUAAAAAAAUAAACACAAAGCAUAGGACAACAAUUUCAAACUUGUACAAAAAAUCUUUCUGUUUAGUGAUAAUUAUAAAGAUUAAGGAUAACUUCACACAUUAACAAAGGCUGAUCAUUUUCCAGUUCUUCACUGUGCAUUAUUUUGUUUGAAAUUUAUAAAUUUAUGAGAAUAUUAGGUGAUGGGGGCCCCUGGGUGGCUCAGUCAGUUAAGCCUCUGCCUUCAGCUCAGGUCAUGAUCCCAGGAUCCUGGGUUGGAGCCCUGCAUCUGGCUCCCUGUUGAGUAGGGGUUCUGCUUCUCCCUCUGCCCCUGCCUCUUCCCUCUCCCUCCUCCUGCUCUCAGUCUCUCACUCUCUCUCUUUCAAAAAAAUAAAAUCUUAAAAAAAAAAAGUAUUAGGUGGCUGUAUUUCACUUUAUGAACCAAAACAUUCUAAAACCAAAUAAAAAUUAUAUUUGAUUAUCUGUGAUUUUGGAUUAUCUGCUCUGGAAUAUUUAAUGAAAAAUCUCCUUGCUGUUUUACUGAGUGAAAAAUAUUGAUUCAGGACACCUGGGUGGCUCAGUCGGUUAAGCGUCUGCCUUUGGCUCAGAUCAUGAUCCCAAGGUUCUGGGAUUGAGUCGCCUGUCAGGCUCCCUGCUCAGUGAGGAGUCUGCUUCUCUCUCUGCCCUUCCCCCCUGCUCGUGAUCUCUCUCUCUCAAAUAAAUGUUAAAAGAAAAAAAAAAGAAAAUAUUGAUUCAGUAACUCAGAAACAGAAUGACUAGGUAAUUAAGUAAUCAUAUGUUAUCAUCUCUGUAAGAUCUCUGUCUCUCCCAGCCUUUAUUAUAUGUAGGUUUCUGGGACUUAGGAGGUACAACCACAAUGAUGAUUUUUAUUUUUAGUAAGUUUUGUUUCGAUUUAAGCACUGCUGCUAACUGCAUAUAGGAAAUAAUGGUUGUCAUUUUAUUAAGAAGAGGAAUUAAGUGUGUAAGUCAGGUGAGAGUUCAUGACAUGAUUCUUUUGGAGGUACUGAGUAUCAAACUAAACUUUAAUUGUAAUUUUAAAUUGUCAAUAAUAGCAUAGUGACUACAUAUGGUAUACUCUGGUGCUUUAUAAAACAAAAAAGUGAUCUUUCCAGUAGGAGGCAGUAUGUCUACAAAUAGCUUUGUUCUGUUUCUUGAUAUAAAGUUGAACCAGUUUAUUCUCUAUAUUGUACUGAAGGAAAAAAAAAAGAAAAAAGGGGCAUUUAAAGUUAAUGAAUGUAUUACUCUUACUUUAUAUUCAAUAUAAUGUUCAAGUAUAUAAAAGCAUUUAGGAACCCUCACCCACCUAAAACUACCUUAAUCUACAGAAUCUCUAGUAACUCUUUUUCUAUAAGUAGAUUUUUUGGGGAGAAAUUCACAGAAGCUUAUUCUAUCACACAUGACAAAAACAAACAUUAGCCAUGGAUUCAGAAGCUAGAGGGUAAGAUGUCAAUUGCAAAUAAAGCACAUCAUUUUAUAUACCAAAGUGGAUUUGAUAUGGUUUUCACUUGGUUGUCCUAAAGUUAGAAUAUAUCCAUCCUACUUUUUAUGUGAACUCUUAAAGAAUGCCACCAGUCUGUGGAAGUCCAGCACUUUCAAGGAAGCACUGCUCAGUUAUCUAUAUGUUUGUGUGUGUGUAUGUGUGGAUCUCAGUGUUCAUGGUCAAUGGCAAGCAAGAAAUGUAUAUGUGUUAUAUAUGAUACAUAGCUUCUUUGCCCCAAAUGUAAAUCACACAAAACACAUUGGAUGCUGUGGGAUUAUAGAUUUUUUUAAUGAAGUUUUUGUAAAUUGUUCAUUAAAUAAUGAGAAUCAUGGUUUA